AUGAUAAACUUUAUGGCUACAUAUGAAGAUCAAACACAAGAUUAGUUUGAUUAAGAACUCGAACAAUUUGGUUCUCCAAAUACAUUACAUUUUUCUGAUCAGGGUUAAAGUUCUUAUGUUGAUUCAGGUAUAUAAGAUUCAAAUUUAUUGACUCCUUAACAGCAAGUAAUUAAAAAAAUAAAAUUGGCAAUUCAAAGAAGACUUCCACCAAAAAGAAUUCAAUACACUUAUCAUAAAAAAAAGAAGCGUCCUCCUCCAAAACCAAUUAUUCACAUAAAUGUCUUGUUAUGGAGAAAUCCAAUGCUCAUCCUUUCUCCAAUAUUAAAGAUAAGAGAAUUUUAGAACUUUUUCUAAAGAUAGAAUCUUAAUAUUUUAAAAUAUCAAAAUCAUUUCCAGGCAAGAGUGUCAGCAUGAUCAAGAAUAGAUGCUACAAAUACCUUCGUUAUAGAUGGGAUGAAGUUAUGGGAAUGUAAUUUGAAUUUAACUAUUUUUUUUAGUGAUUAUAGACACAUGAAUUCCCUUCCAGAAUGUUAUCUUUUAAAGGUCAAAAUGAAUUCAAAUUAUGUUAUUACAGUGAUGAACAUGAUUCUGAAUGCUGAAUAU